CUAGUUUAUAAUUUGGUUUUUGUGUGUUGAAGCGCAAUUAGGGUCUUAAAAACAUAUUCGUUUAUCGUUUGCAACACCAUAGACAGCAAGCCAAUAUUUUUUGGACUUAUUUAUCAAGGAAAAACGCAACUCUGUAUCGCGCAAAAUCAAAAACAGCGCAAACGUGGCAGUGGUGGCAACACUGGGAACGCCGGCCAUGUAACGUAAAAUAACGUAAAAUAAAGGUGGAACGUAGACACGUGUUUUAGUCGUGGAGUCAAUUUUUCGUAAUUUAAGCGGCGAAAAGCGGUGAAAAAAGUGAAAAACGUUACGCAAAAGAACACUGAGCCACACGUAUUUGAAAAAUAAACAAAACAAGCAGCAUAAUAAGUUACCAAAGCGGUUCCAAAAGAUCCUUCAAUAUUCAGCGAAAAUGGUAUCCGGUCGUCCUCUACUCUACCUGUCACUGCCCGGUGUAGCAUUUAUACUCGGCGUCUUUUGGUUUCGGCGUAGAAAUAAAAAUCGUUUAGACAAGCCCGAUGACGAGGACACAAGCCCCUUCGCCCAGGCCUCACCCGUCGAGGAGACGGUCGCCGAGCCGCGCAAGCCCAACGGUGUCCUCCAGAACGGAAAGCUGCCGCAGUCCGCCAGCAAGUCGAUGAACAUUAACGGAACCAUAGCCAACGGAAAUGGAAGUAUCGGCAGCGGUGGCAGUGGCAGCGGCAGCGGCAGUGACGAGCGGGAGAGUCCCAACACGAUGCUGUACGGCAAGUCGGCGCCCAUCAAGAUCCAGAGCAACGGACGCACCUCGCCGGGCAAGCACCAGCAGCAGAUAGACUCCGAGAUGCUCAAGUCCAAGAUCCAGGACGCCGAGCACAAGAAGCUCUGCUCCAUCGACGAGGACUUUGAGAAUCUGUCCUCGCCGCGCGACCUUCCCGACUCGAUCAACAACCGGGUGUCGUUCCAUAAGCGCAAGACCAACAGCAAGACCGUGGAGCCGGUGGUGAUCAAGGCCACGCGCACCCCCAAGAUUUCGCCGGAGAACUCGUUCCUGGACACCAACUACAACACCGCCCCGAACGGCAACGCCAACGGCAGUCAGCAGGAGUGCGAACAGAACAACAACUGUGAGCCCAAAGCCGAGGUGGCCGGGAAGGCCCAAGAGACGCCCAAGAAGAAGGAGGAACAGCAGCCCCUGAAGAAGGAGCAGGUGGAGGAGCAGCAGCAGACCGAACUGGACGUGGACAGCAACGGAAACACAAAUCAGAAGCGUAACGUGGACGCGGCCAGUCCCUCGCUGAGCAUUUGCAGCGUCCAGUCUGGAGACUCUGGCAAGGGAUCCAGCCUGCCGCGCUCGGAGGCGACACGGGCCAAGACCAGCUACGAGUUCCUCUUCCCCAUUAGUCUGAUCGGCCAGCUGUACGGCCGCAAGCGCAUGUUCAUCAAUCAGAUCAAGUCCAAGACCCUGGCCAAUGUGAUGCUCAGCAAGAAUCCGUACUCGGCCAAGGUGCGCAUCUGCACCAUCGAGGGCACCGAGAGCGAGAUCGACGCCGCCCUGGCGAUGAUCCGCCAGCGCCUGCCCUCCAAGCGGUAUCCAAACUUUACGAUGCAACGCAUCCACUUUGCCUUGCCGCAGACCAUAGUUCCUCUUUCGACAGAAAGCCUCAACAACCUACAACUGAAACUGAUCGAGGGCAUCAACAAUGACGUGGUGGUGAGUGCGGUUCUGUCCGGGUCGCACUUCUUUGUCCAGCACCCGCUCCACCCCUCGCACCCAUCGCUGCCCAUGCUGCAGAAGCAGCUGUACGAUAGCUACUCCACGAUGGAGGCCCCCCCGUUGCCCAGCCUUGAGAUCAGCGCCGUGUGCGUGAUCCCCAUCAACGGAGUGUGGUAUCGCGUCCAGAUCGUUGACGUUGAUCCCGAGGACGAGGAGCGCUGCGUGGUCAGGUUCCUUGACUUUGGCGGCUACAUGAACGUCGGCUUCAGUCUUCUGCGCCAGAUACGCGCCGACUUUAUGUCCGUGCCCUUCCAGGCCACCGAAUGUAUACUGUCCAACGUUGAGCCGAUCGGUGAUACCUGGUCCAUCGAGGCGGCCGAAAUCCUCAACCAACUUACCAAAGGCAUUGUCUUGCAAGCACAAGUCGCCGGCUAUAAUAGUCACAACAUACCAGAAGUCUAUUUAUUCGCUUCCCUAGGUCCCAAUAAUGUAAUCUUUAUCAAUAAGGAACUGGUCGCCCGAAAUCUCGCCAAGUGGGUGGAGAUUCGUGACUAACAGCCUUCGUGAACAACUCAACUAGCAAUCAAGCAGAACUAUCUAUAUAUAUAUAUAUAUAUAUACAUAUAAAACAAGACCCCAAACGCAAAAGCAAACUUAAGCAGCAAACAACACUCGAAACCGCAAAAAAAAAAAACGUUAAUCAAGCCAAUCUCUGCGAGAUGAAACUACCAUUGCUUGAGUCUUGUGCCCCGGUAGCCGUAUAUUGCGUAGUGGAGCAAGGAUCAUGGAUCCAGCCAGCGCAGA